AUGGCGUUACUUUCGAGAGUUUUGCAUCAUAGUGCCGAUAAGGACCGCCCAUCGGUGUCUCGGAGUAACAGCUCGUACUCCAAUGGGCUCACGCCCACCACCAGUGGAAGCUCCACCCACUCAGUGACUCCAGCCACAACAUACAGUCUCAGCAUAAAUUUGGAGUCGCCUCCCAUCAUUUUGUACGGACAACCUCACGAGUCGACCGGCUCCAUCAUCUCGGGAAUCUUGACCUUGGACAUCAACACAGAGUACGGGUCGUCACGUCUGGAAUUAAACAUGGAAGCAAUCACUCUUUCCCUUGUCCAAACCAUCAGAUACAGCAAGACGUUCGCCAUCCCGUCGUCUUCGGUGACUGGGUGCAAGGACUGCAACACCAAAGCAACCACAUUGGCCAGAUGGGACGUGCUUGCCUCACCUAAGCUGUUUAGCUCUGGAAGCUACGCAUACCCUUUCUCCCAUUUGCUCCCAGGCUCCUUACCACCCACCUCCAAGCUCGGCUCCUUCCACUCGAACUGCUACAUCAAAUACGAGCUAAUUGCUGUAGGAAUAAGUCCCAACUCGUCGAAAGAAGUCUCCGUCAAAAUGCCAGUGAACAUCGUACGACUGAUUUUAAGGGGCCCCGACAGAAACUCCCUUCGCGUGUUCCCUCCUACUGAUGUUACUGCCGGUGCAGUCUUGCCAAAUGUGGUGUAUCCAAAAUCGAAUUUUCCAGUGGAACUCAAGUUGGACAAUAUUGUUAGCAAGAGUGGAGAUAGAAGAUGGAGAAUGAGAAAAUUGUCAUGGAGAAUCGAGGAAAACUCAAAGGUUAGAGCGUAUACUUGCCCCAAACACGCCUCCAAAUUGAGAUCCGUAGAGCAGACCCAGAAAAAGAUUGCAAUGCAAAAAGAUUCAUCCAAUUCACAGCCAGCAAAAACAUCCAACAUGCAUCACAGCACUAUCCAGUCGUCCAUGUCAUAUUUGACCAACCCUAGUGGUCAUUCCAACUCCCACACUAUUCCAGAUAUACCUGGAAACGAGGAUGCGGAGGCUAUCGAGCCCGAGCUUGAAGCUCCCAGAGAUGCUCACCAAAGUUUCCUCGAGGAUUUUGCACCCACUGCUACACAAGCACAAGCAGCGGACGCAUCUGGUGCAACGGAGCAAACGACACCAAAUAAUGUGCAAGAAUCGCAUGGGCAUGUAUACCUUGAGGAGACUCGUACGGUUACCCAUGGCGAAAUCAAAUCAGGAUGGAAGUCUGAUUUCAGCGAAAGGGGACGUGUCGAAUUGGUAGCUGAAAUCAGCGCCGCAAAUUUCGCCACCGGUUAUCACCCUCAUAUCAGUAAGCGAUCCAGUGACAUCCCCAACAAUGAUGAGAAACACUUGGAGAACUUGAGAAACGUUGCCAAUGUCGCAUGUGAUAUAGAAGACCCUACAUUAGGGAUUUUCGUCAACCAUACAUUGAUUGUGGAAGUUGUGGUUGCAGAAGAAGUGGUUCAAUCUGGCGAUAAAAAGAAGAAAGACCACAAUUUGACUCCAGUCUCCUCAUCACGCACCAAUUCCCCAUACAUAGCACCAAGCUCGCCUGCGCCUGCCCCCAACCCACAGAUUGGGGUACCAACUGGUGCUGCUCGAGUAUUGAGAAUGCAAUUCAAACUUCAUGUGACAGAAAGAUCAGGAUUGGGGAUUGCAUGGGAUGAUGAGGUACCUCCAACAUACGAGGAUGUGAGAACCCUCAGUCCUCCCACAUACGAGACAUCCCAGAAGGGUACUCCAGUCUCCACACCUCUUUUUCCUGCUCCAUCCGCAACAUAUAGAGGUACACCUGGUGUGUUGUAUGGAGUCGGAGAUACUCCAGGAACCGGCCUGUUUGGACUUAGAGGAGAUUCGGCACUUAGUAUUGACCAGAUGGUCGAUCUAGAUGAACGGAUCCAGGAUCUUACCAUUUAG